UUCUCAUCACUUUAUGUGGUCAUAUUAUUCUACUGUAUAUUAAUUUUGUGUUCUCUAUAACUAUCCAUCCAGGUUUAGUGAAGUCAGUGUACAGUCUGUGUUGACAGACACAAAGUGUCUCCUAUAGGCACCCUGAGAGCAUCAUAAAUAAUCUUUGGGUAGCUGACGUCACGUCUUUUCCUCCAAUGGGAGCGGCGGGGGCGUGAACGUGGCUCUAUUUAUGUCUGGACGCCGGUGUCAGUGAGUCAUCGCCUCUCAGACAGUCAGCGUGGUAAAGACAACCUGUAACAAGUCAGCAGCUUUCACCAGGUCUAUUUGUAACUACGACGUUCUCUCUAACUGCCCGACAGGAUUGAGAUGUUACAUUUUAGGUGUUCGACAGUGCUUAAGGAGUUGUUUGAAGCCACCCUCAAGCGUCCCUUGAUCGGCUCAAGACAGAAGACCUGCUUACAGACCCGCCACUGCUGCUUCAGCACCGCCUCCGUUGAUGCCUCUACUCAACUGAAGGUCCUUCAUGCCGCUUCGCGCCGCCCGGGGCUCCGCGCCGCGCCCUUCGCCGCCGCCGCCGCCGCCGCCGCUUCGCAUCGCUCGUACUGCGUGAAAACUGAAGAUGCCGUGGAGCUGGAGGAACAACUGAAGAAAGAUGGUGUCAGCAGCAGUGAGGCAGCCGGCGACAAGAGAAGAAAUGCAGGCAUUCUCCCCAGUUUGGAGGACUUGCUCUUCUACACAGUCGCAGAAGGACAAGAGAAGAUUCCUGCUCAUAAAUUUCUCACAGCGCUUAAAGCCACUGGGCUUCGCUCUGGAGAUCCCCGACUAAAGGAAUGCAUGGACACCCUCAAAGAAACUCUGAAGAAUACAGCCGAUGGCGUCACUCUGGACAGGCACCUCUUUAAGAAGUGUGUCCAGAGCAACAUUGUCCUGCUCACUCAGGCCUUCCGCAAGAAGUUCGUCAUCCCAGACUUCCAGUCCUUCACCUCCCAUAUUGAUGAGCUGUAUGAGAAUGCCAAAAAUCUCUCUGGAGGACAGGUUGCAGACUAUAUUCCUCAGCUGGCCAAAUUCAGCCCUGACCUGUGGGCCGUCUCUCUGUGCACAGUUGAUGGACAGAGGCACACAGUUGGAGACACCAAGGUUCCCUUCUGUCUGCAGUCCUGUGUCAAACCUCUGAAAUACGCCGUUGCUGUCCAUGACUACAGCACAGAGUACGUGCACAGUUUCAUUGGAAAGGAGCCCAGUGGCCUGCGCUUUAAUAAGCUCUUCCUGAAUGAAGAUGAUAAGCCUCACAACCCCAUGGUGAAUGCUGGCGCUAUCGUUUGUACUUCCCUGAUAAAGCAAGGUGCAAGCAACGCUGAAAAAUUUGACUAUGUCAUGAACUUUCUGAAAAAGUUGGCAGGAAAUGAGUAUGUGGGUUUCAGCAACGCCACAUUCCAGUCUGAGCGUGAGUCAGGCGACAGGAACUUUGCCAUCGGCUACUACCUGAAAGAAAAAAAGUGUUUCCCAGAGGGGACAGACAUGACGUCUAUACUGGACUUCUACUUUCAACUGUGCUCCAUUGAGGUGACCUGCGAGAGCGCCAGCGUCAUGGCAGCCACCCUGGCUAACGGCGGCAUCUGCCCGAUCACGGGUGAGCGCGUGCUGAGCCCAGAGGCAGUGAGGAACACACUGAGUCUGAUGCACUCCUGUGGCAUGUACGACUUCUCAGGACAGUUUGCUUUUCACGUCGGUCUGCCAGCCAAGUCUGGAGUAGCAGGAGGGAUCCUGCUGGUUGUACCCAAUGUGAUGGGUAUUAUGUGCUGGUCACCUCCACUAGACAAGCUGGGCAACUCAGUGAGAGGAAUCCAGUUUUGCACGGACCUUGUGGAGCUUUUCAACUUCCACAACUACGACAACCUGAGGCACUUUGCCAAGAAGCACGACCCUCGCAGAGAAGGAGGUGAUCAGCGGCUGCACUCCUUCGGACCCAUGGAUUACGAGAGUCUCCAACAAGAGCUAGCUCUGAAAGCCCCUCUUUGGAAAAAGGUGUCUCCCACUGAGUCGCACCAGGACAGCUCCACCACUGUAGUCUAUAGGAUGGACAAUGUUGCCGAGUGAAAUUAAAAAAAAAAAAAAAAGCCCCCCGCACCCCCACCUCAACUGAUCUCUCUCCUCACCUCUUGCAGCAAUGCACCCUCGAAUAUUUAUAUAUAAAUUAUGUAGAGGAUUAUUUAUUGCUUGUGGAGCUAUUACUGUGCGGACAAAAUUUUGUUUUUAUUUGUGAUGGAGGGUUACUGCUUAUUGAUUCUGAACUUGAAGCCUCCGCCUGCUUGUUGCCUUAGUGUGUGUGUUUGUGUGUAUAGGAUCUGUAUGUACAGCUUGUUUCAUCUCACCCCCUUUACUGCAAUGGAUUUCUUUGAAUCCCCUUCAAUUGUAGUCUAAAGGUUGGUAAUCAACAAAACCAAAACAUGUAUGAAUGUGUUUGCAUGUGCAGAGCUUCAGCACACGCUUUAAAUAUACAUUCAGACUACUCUCUAGGCAUGAUUGCUUCCCGUAGCUCACACUGAGGCGGUAUUAGCACAGUACAGUAAGUACAGAUGCUGGAUGUAGCGUAGCAGAUGAUGAAAACGGCUGUACAAAGCAACGCGUUCUUGGACUAUUUAUGGAAAGUUUGGGGUUAAAGGAGAAUAUUGUUAGCUGUUAACGCAGAGGCUGGAGUGCAGCAUUGCUACACAUUGUUUAGCUCUGAAUUUUGAAGGGAUCUAUAUAAUCAGGUGUUUUUGUUUUUCUAAUCUUACCAGAUGGACCUCGAAAGGGAAAAAUCAACCCGAAAACUGAAACCUCAUUUGAGUUUCUCAGCCUUCUGGUGUCAAAAUCAAAGAAGCAAAGCAAGAAGCUGAUUUACAAACAGCCACUGAUCUUGUUGGGUAGUUUAAUGUUAAAGUCGAUUUCUCUACAUAAUAAACACACACCUAUACCGUGUUUCUGCAGGUGGUUUGGUUGUGAAAGGCAUACAAUGUCUGCAGAAUAAUACAUUUGUGGAUUGAGAUUACAGUAGAGUUACUUGAUAUGCAAAGAGACUUUUAGGACUGAUACUGCACCUUUGAUGUGCUCUAUCAUUAAACUGAAUCACUUUAAAACAGAGCAUCAUUCGUGCCUCCCUCCAUAUCUUUAAAAGAUAAAAUACAAAAUAGACUCAUGAGAAGUUUGGGACCUAAAACCAGAGUCAAGGUUGAGAGACUGAAAUAAACAAAAGGGCUUCAGCUUGACGAUAACCUGUCAGUAUUUGUGCCUGGAUCGCAGUUGGGGCUGAUUUUUCUGAUGAUGUCGAUGUUGUAAAAAUAAAUAAAUAAAGGUUUUGCUCAACCAAAAAGAUCAUGUGAGGGGCAACGACUAAAGCAGCAAACUGUUUUUGAGCCUCCUCGUGGAGACUUCUGCUGUCGGUGGACUGGCUGCAUCAUUCUGAGCUGCUGUUGAGUUUAUAAGAGGUGAAAAAGUGUGUGUGUUGCUGGCCGCUCCAUGUUUGUCAAGGUUAGUCUGUAAACUCAGUGUGACGUCAGCCGAGGGGUGGUGUGUUAUGAUUGCCCCAGUUAAAGCCCUUCAUAGUCUGCACGGGUCUGACCAGUCCUCUGAUAGACUUUAACUGGGCCCCUUUCUAGAUCUAUGCCUGUGUGUUUACACCGCACACACAAAUAUGCUCUUGUUCAAACAGAAAAAAUAAAUGUAGCUUCCUAUAGAAACGGAGCAUGAUAAAUUCAAACUAUUCACCAUAGUGAUCGUCGCUGUAUUUUAAAGGGAGAAAAGUGUCAGAUACUUGAAUUAGCACAGAGCAGCAGGUCGAAACUGAAUAAAUGCAAAGAUUUGUCCGUAGUACAAAGUAACAAAGAAAAGUGCCAAAAGUUUUCAGAAAAUGUAAAGUAAGUGACACUUCAUUAAAGCUCCCAAAACACUGGACUGAAAAAUAAUGAAGGUCUAAUGAGGUCAAAAUGUUUCUUGUUUCAUUCCAUUAAAGUUUUGAAAGUUUUGUCCGAGCAUGCACCCCAAAAAGACGUCAAACAUUAGAUAUUCAUGACUAUAAAUGAGCAACUGUUUGACAUAGACAAAAUAUCUUUAGUUGUUUGCUGUUUUGGGGCUUUAUGCCUUUUAUUGAGAUAAUGAUAGUCAGAGAUAGUUCGGAAACAGAGGAGGGAUCAUACGCAGCAAAGGCAGGGUUGGUUGUGGGUUAGAUCCAGACAACGUAAUGUGGACUGGAGACUUGAGAAAAGAGGUAUUCAGGGCCUUUUAAAUGUUACCUGUUAAGACAUGUAACAUGUUUUAUGCUUUUCAAAGUAUAGAAAUGUAAGUGGCAGCAGUGUGUAACGCACCCAGCAGAGGAAUGUGAAUUUAUUCAUUCCCAUCUUGCCGUGAACUACAACAUCCAAAAGAUGUUAUCAAGCUGAGAUAGACGCCUCCAGUUCACUGAUCCAGAAAUGUGUAUCUGUAAACUCCAAAUGUGUCAAGAGCUUCAGUAUGCAAACACAACACACAUUUAGUAUUGUUUAAGUGUUACUCGUGUAGUAAAGUUGUAUAUUAUCAAUAUAAACAUAAUUGACUGUACUUCUGAAUGUACAUAAUAAUGGCAGGUGUGUGUAUAGCUUUUAAGUGUGUGUGUGCGUGUGUCUGUACAUGGGUGCUAAUCCUCAACAGCAGACCAGAAUGUGUUUUUUUGAAAAUACACUUCAGACGUUCCAAAUUUAUAAUAUAUAUAUCGUCUCCUCCAGGAAAUAGAAAUACUUGCACAUGACUGUCAUGUCAGCAGAUGCCUUAGAUGUCGCUCUAACUGUGACUGCAGCGUAAGAGGUGGUGGAGUUUAAUCUGUGUGUUCAAUCGUUGUUGAAACUGUACAUGUGGUGUGUUUGGGCGUUUGGCACUGGGUUUGACUUGAGCUCAAAGUGAUGGCUGCUGGAGCCAGUGUUACCCUGUUAUUACUCUGAUUACUCAGUUAUUACUGACAUGUGUGAAUUUUCUUCUCCUUUUGUGUUAUUAUUUUUUAUGUCCAUGUGUUUUAUUUCUGUUUUAAAGUUUCUGCUCAUUGUUAUGUGGAGGGGUAAAGUAUUCAAAAGUCUUGCUCCUUGGAAACAUCUGUCUGUAGAUGAACCCGUUUCCUUGGCGCUCAUAUACAGUGUUUCCUGCAGUCUGCAAGAGUCGGGUCUGUUGGCGGCUUUAAAUGGUUUCAUCCAUGGAUCAUGUUGUUUUUUUUCAUAAAGGUUUUUCAGUCUGAAAAAUGAUCAGUCUUAGCUGGACCGUUUUGUUUUUAAAGUCAUAAUCCUCAAGAUUUUCAGCAUUUUCAUACAUUUUAUGGCUCAUCAUCAUUCAGUUACUUGACAAUUUAUACAGAACGCAUGCAUGUACUGCAUGUGUUAUAUCUGUGCACACGUGCAUUAGGGCUGUCACUGUCACAGUUCGUUCCAAUGCCCCUCCCUCCUGACACCACAAAGGGAAACAUAAAGACGAUAAAACACUGGCACUUAGGAAUCGAUGCCAGCAUUUUUACAAGCUUCUGGCAGGGACCUGCUAGAGCUCAGUGUGCCGGACAGCAGGCAGUAAGAUGAGGCUGUACACGAUGCCCCACUCGUCAUUUAGGGGGCAAGCUAGCAGGUACAUCUGCAUAUUUGUUGUCAUUGUAAAGUAAAACAGCUUCGUCUUUGUUAGUCAUUCACCAUCUAUGAAUUAGAACCCAAAAUACUUUAAAUACGACGGCUUUGCUCCCUUGUGGCUUCAUUUUCAUAGAUCCUCAGCAGGAUAUCAAAGCAAACUAUUUCAAACAUGAUUACAGUUCAAAUGUUUCCCAGGUUUUAACGAAGUGGCAGCCCUUAAGUACAUGUGUCACGUGUUCAGUAGAAUAAACCAUAAACGUCACUAUGGAUGAAAUGCUGAAGACGCUCUUAGCGUUUCAGGAUUAUAACUUUAAAUACAGUUGACCAAUGCAGUGAUAGUAACAGUUAUCUUCUUCGCAAUGAUGUAGCCGGCUUUAUUUUUGCUUCAGUUAUUUUUUUCCGUUGAAUUUGUCGUGGAGGAAACUGUGUACAGAGGAAAAACCUCUGAUGCCAUCGGUUUCUAGAGAAAAGCUCUCGUGUCAGGAUGUCAUCUCAGGCUUCAACCUCAGUUUUCUCUUUUUGUCCUGACCUGCUUUUGAAUUUUGGCCAAAGAGUCUCUGAUUUCUAACGAUGUUCAAGCGUUAAGUAUGUAUUUCUUUGCUGCUGAAGUCUCAUUUUCUUUCCUCAUUGGCUCAAAAUCUGAAAUGCAGUGCCUGCAUGAAAACUGGACCAGAGCAGCACUGACAAGAGAUUUAACCAAAUCACGGGUUGAUUAUCUGAUUCUUUUCCACUUUAAACAAGCUUAAUGUUGCUUUGUCUUGCUUGGAAGUUUGCAAUCAGCGACCCUCCUCUCCUCCACUCCUCAAAGUGUGAUCAUAAACUCUGUAAAAAUCAAACUUGUGUCAGAGGGGCUUUUGAACCAGUACUCCCGUGGUUCAUAUCAUGUAUGUAAAGUUUCCUCAUUUUGUUUUUUUUCUCUGUGAAUUCUCAUUCUCCCUCUUGCAUGCAUAUUUUUGUAUGAUUUAAUAAAUGUGUUUUUAAACCUCA